UUUUGGUUUCCCUGUAAACUAUAACUGGGAUUGCCAACGAGUGGUGGAUAAAACUUACACAACAUGUAGGCUCUGUUCAUUGCUGAUAGCCUAUUCAAGUGGCAAUACGAGUAACAUGACUACUCAUGUGUGACAAUCAGUGGGACUAGGCGAAAAAAUUAAACGGCAACCAAUCGGCAACGAUUUCUCCCCACAGCCUUCAGGCAACAAUAAGCGACUGACUCUGGUAGGGCUAAAGAAAUCAACUCAGCGAUAGCAAAAUCCAUAGAGGCAGAUAUGAGACCCUUCUCUGUGGUAGAGAAUGCAGGGUUCAGAAACAUGUUUAAAGUGGUUGAGCCACUUCACUAUUCCUUCCCGUACACAUUUUGCCCAGACAUUAAUACCUGCCUUAAACAAAAGAACAACUUGAGAGCGAGUUGUCAGAAACGCGGUCUGUCGCUCUAACAAUAGACAGUUGGACGUCUAGAGCUACAGAGAGCUACCUUAUUGUAACGGCUCAUUUCAUUACGGCAGAGUGGGAGAUAAAAAGCCAUGUCCUUCAAACACGUCUCCUUGAGAGUAGUCACACCAGUGUAAACUUAGGGGAAGAGCUAAGGUUAGUAGUUGCAGUGUGGAAGUUGGAGAGGGAUAAUGUAACGAUUCCCGUGACCACUGACAACGCUAGAAAUAUUGUAAAUGCAGUUGCACUAGCUGGAUUGGGGCCACAGAUAGGAUGCUUUGCUCACGUUGUUAAUCUAGCAUCUCAAAAAGCAAUGUCAGUGAAUCCAAUCUCUCGCCUCCUAGCAAAGAUCAGGAAGGUGGUAUCGUUUUAUAAAAGCACAACUGCUGCACAUGUUUUCAAGACAAAGCAGGAGAUGCUGGAGCUGCCAAACCACAAACUAAUCCAAGAUGUCCCUACUAGAUGGAAUUCAAGCCAAUAUAUGGUUGCGAGAUACCUUGAGCAGAACGUUGGUGUAUUCUACACUGACUGAUCAAGUGAGGAAGAAUGUCAAAGAUAUUGUGACUUUGUCUGAAAAUGACGUAAGACUAGCAGAGGAAGUUAUCAAGGUGUGCAAACCUCUCAGAACAGUCACACUGAUAUGCACUAAGAGCAUUCCAUCAGUUUCCAUGGUCCUGCCUAUGAAAACAAUGAUCCUGAAAUCAAUGGUGGCAUGUGAUGAAGAUGAACCCGCAGUAAGGGAUGUCAAGACUGCUAUCAGAGUCAACCUGGAGCCUAGAUAUGCUGGCCCUGGUGUCCAAGAGUUCUUACACAAGAGCACCGCGUUGGACCCCUGCUUAAUGUCCCUGAGGCACAUGGAUUCUGCUGCUCGUCUGAGAGUCUGCAAUGAACUCACAGCAGAGAUUGUGACUAACAUACAACAGGGUCAAGCCACAGAUACCACAGGAGCCAACUCCUCUCCAGAGACGGCAGACAACAGGGGUUCUCCUCCAGAAAAUAAGUCUGUCAUGGCUGAGCUUUUUGGGGAGUUGUUCACGACCCAGGAGCAGGGAACCAAGUCAAAGGUCAAGGUCAUAGAGGAGGAGGUGACCUCAUACAGGGAAGUGGACUUUAUUUCCCUGGAUGCUUUGGAAGACCAAAGAGUUAAUAUACCCUCAUGUUUCCAUGUUAGCAAGGCGCUACCUGGCUGUGCCUAGGAAAUCUGUCCCUAGCGAGAGGGCAUUCUCCACAGUGGUUGACAUUGUCACAGCAAGCCGAUCUGUGCUCACUGCAGAUAGUGUGGAUAGACUAAUCUUCUUAAAGAAAAACUAGAAAAUCUGAUAAAAAUGUUAAUAUUUUUUCAAGUAACCUGUCUCAAAUAGUCCUAUUUUGUUUAAGACACUGCUAUGUGACUUAAUUUUGAGAUAUGCAGCUGGACUAUGCAUUGUUGUUGAAGUUCUGUUUUAAAUGACUAUUUUACUUCAUGUUAUAAGGCAGGCACUACUGUUUUUUGUUGUCCCUUUGUUUCCAUAUGCACCUGGGAAUUGAAGCUACCCAUGUUUACUAUUAUAAUAAAUGGAAAAUCUAAAUACAAAUUA